AUGACUAUCGCCAGCGACCUCACCCACCGAGGGGCCUCCGGCACCGCCCUCACCCUCGAGGACCGAUUUGAAGUGUUGAAGGAGAUUGGCGACGGUAGCUUUGGCAGCGUCGUUCUUGGUAGAGUUAGGACGGCGGGUGCCAAUGUUGCCCGCCGAGGCACUGUGGUGGCCAUCAAGACGAUGAAGAAGACCUUCGAGUCAUUUCAACCAUGUCUCGAGCUCCGCGAGGUUGUCUUCCUCCGCACUCUCCCGAACCACCCUCACCUAGUUCCCGCACUCGACAUCUUCCUGGACCCGUACAGCAAGAAGCUGCAUAUUGCCAUGGAGUACAUGGAGGGUAACCUCUACCAGCUAAUGAAGGCCCGCGACCACAAGUGCCUCGACAACGCGAGCGUCAAGAGCAUCCUCUUCCAGAUCAUGCAAGGCCUGGAGCACAUUCACUCUCACCACUUCUUCCACCGCGACAUCAAGCCCGAGAACAUUUUGGUGUCAACAUCCUCCCACAGUGAAUCCAACAACUCUUUCCGACGGUACUCGGCUCUCGUCACUCCUCCUUCAACGCCUCCCACCUAUACCGUCAAGAUUGCCGACUUUGGUCUCGCUCGGGAGACUCACUCCAAGCUGCCGUACACCACCUACGUAUCAACUAGAUGGUACCGAGCCCCAGAAGUGCUGCUACGAGCCGGAGAGUACUCCGCCCCCGUCGAUAUUUGGGCUGUCGGCGCCAUGGCUGUCGAGAUUGCCACGCUGAAGCCCCUGUUCCCCGGCGGAAACGAGGUGGAUCAGGUUUGGAGGGUGUGUGAAAUUAUGGGAAGCCCUGGAAACUGGUACAACAAGUCCGGUGCCCGCGUCGGCGGUGGAGAAUGGCGCGAAGGUACCAGGCUGGCUGGAAAGCUCGGCUUCUCGUUCCCCAAGAUGGCUCCUCAUUCCAUGGAUACUAUCUUGCAAUCCCCUCAGUGGCCUGCGUCCCUGAGCCAGUUCGUGACCUGGUGUUUGAUGUGGGACCCUAAGACUCGACCGACUUCCUCCCAGGCUCUCGCUCACGAAUACUUCUUGGAUGCUGUCGAUCCCAUGAGACCCAAGUCUUCCGCCUCGAGAAUGCUCGGCCGAAAGCAGUCUGAUCUCAACCGCAGCACCAAGGACUCCGCCGCGACCACCCCGACAUCUUCCUCCAAGCAGUCAUGGUUCCGAAAGUCACUCAUCAACCGUACUGACAGCACCGAAAACGCCAUCGCCCAGGUUCCGGCCAAGGAGGCCACCUCUCCUCGACCCGCACAAGCGCAUGCGGUUACCACAGAACUCCAGGCCCAGGCCUCUGUCAAGCAUCGCGCCAGUGCCGGGAAAAGGACUACCUGGACAAAUGGUCCCUCAAAUGUGGCGCCCAUGGCUAUCCUACCAACGAUCAGGCCCAUCUCACCGAUGUCCGAUGCUGUAACUGCCCGCGCCAACAACGGUUACAACGACUCUUACGCUAACGGACAUGGCCAGGGGAAGUCCAAGAAACUUGGCCGACAGUUGUCUGUCGCAUCAAGCACAAACAACUACACGGAAAUGCACCGUCAGCAAGCCGAACGUGCCCUCAAUGGAAAUUCCGGACUGGCAUCGCCCCCUAGCGGCCAGAAGGAGAGCUUCUUUUCCCACCUUCGGAAGCGUGCACGGCGAUUCUCCGGACGACACCAGACGCCCGUCUCUCCAUCAUACGACGACAUCGAGGCCCAGGCUGGAUGCGGCCCUUGGGCAAGCAACCGGUCCUCCAUGGUUAUUGACCAGCAGCAGCAGCCGGUUCCCGCCCCCAAAUCUGAAGUUUAUGAGUCGCUGGACAAGGCUCUCCGAGACGUUCAGAACAACCUGGACGCCCGGCCUCCCGUACCACCCGCCCAUAACCUGUCUCCCACCAGCAAUCUCAAGCGACAUCACUCCCUUCCUCACCAACAGGCGCGAUCAGUUGAUAACCUCAUCGUUGCUGCGCGCACUGGACCCAUCUCAAGCCGCACGCGCCGAGCCCAUGCUACCCACGGCGUUCACCAGUACGAGGCCCCUGAUGAGGAGGAUGAGCUCCUUGACGAGGCCAUGUCCUCGCCCAGACGCCCCGUGAAGCGGGAGGUGACCAAGCCUCUGCGGCAAUCGGCCAGCAACCUGGGCCUCCAAAACCCAUAUCCCACACCCUCGCCCUCAGCUAGCGGCAACCAGGUUCUCUUUGGAGAAGGCCAGGAGGCUGUGACGCCCAGGCCACUCGAUUUGAGCAAGAAGGCGGAGGGUCAAUACAAGUGGCCCACACCUCCGUACGAGGAGAGUGAGUGGGCAGCGUCGGCAUCCGCCAGCAUCUGGGCUGCCAGCAACCGAUUUUAA